AUGUCGUCUCAUUACACGACGGAACCUCCGCCUACUGCGUCCGUACUCCUCCAUACCACCGCCGGCCCGCUAACGCUCUCCCUCUUCGCGAACCAGACGCCUCUAACAUGCCGGAACUUCCUGCAACAUGUCCUGGACGAGGAUUACAACAACAACAUUUUCCAUCGCCUCGUUCCAGGUUUCGUCAUCCAAACAGGCGACCCUACCGGGACGGGCGAAGGCGGGCAGAGCAUUUACGAAGACCGGGAGUUUGAGCGUUACGAUGAGGACUGGGCAAGAGUGAUGGGCCGAGAAAAGGACGAGAAGAUCAAGUUUGGAGAUGAGAUACACAGCAGACUCAAAUUCAAUCGGAGAGGCCUGGUGGGUAUGGCAAAAGGCACCGGCGAGAGCGGAGGUUAUGGAAGCCAGUUCUUCAUCACACUGGGGGAUUGCAGGGCAGAACUGGACGGCAAGUGCACGAUGUUUGGCCGUGUCGAAGGCGAGGGUAUCUACAACAUAGUCAAGAUCGCAGAAGGCGAGCUCGUCGAAGGAACAGAACGGCCCCUAUACCCGGAGAAGAUCCUCAAGGUCGAGAUCCUCGAAUUGCCCAAAGGUGAAGCCUGGCAGAAAAUGCGGAAGAGGGUCAAAGUUGCCGAACGCGUUGUCGAGGCUCCGGCCAAGAAGAAGGCUCCCAAAAAGAAGGGCGGAAAGACGCUGCUCAGUUUCGGAGGCGACGAAGGAGAAGACAACGCAGACGACAUGGCCGUCCGACCGAAGAAAGCGAAGUUCAACCCAGCCUUGAUCGACGCCAGCGGAGAGAUCGACUCUACGUCAAAGCAGGCAGGCACCGUGUCGAAACCAAAAGCCAAGCCUAAGCGCUCACCAUCACCGACGACAGUUCCACAGAAACGAAAAGCAAGCCCAGGACACGAACCAUCCACGAAGUCCCCUUCGCCUGUGCAACGCCGAAAACCCUCAUUCCACGACCCAACAACACAACUCCCCCUACGCGACCCUGAGUCCCCGUCUCGUUCACCUACACCCGACGAAGAACCAUCCAAGUCCAAAUCCUCGGCAUCGAACCUGCAGGCUGAGAUAGCAGCUCUGAAAGCUUCGAUGCGGCGUACAGUGGCCACGGCAACAGACACGUCGCACAAAAAGUCAGCGCUAGAAGCCUUGAUCCCGCCCACCAGCACUCGGGGUCGUAAACGUCCUCGGCCGGGCGAAUCAAACGCCAAAGAGGACGCCAACGCGCUCAAGAUCCUCAACGCGUUCAAAGCCCGCCUCGAAUCGUCAUCGGCGUCCAAACCGUCCCAGAAGAAGACGAAUGGCGAGAAACCGCACGGCGCUCCACAGACGGGAGAAGGCACCACCAAUGACGACAACGACGACAACAAUAACGACGAAGAAGCACAGUUGUGCGAUCUCCACUUCAUCGCAAACUGCCAGUCUUGUUCGCGAUGGGACGAGCAGGGCGCGCAGGGCCCCGACGCCGACACGGACGACGACACGGACUGGCUCAGCCACACGUUGAGUUUCGCCAAGGACAGACUCGGCAAGGACCUGACGUGGAAGAAGAAGAACGAAGAGGAACUCGUCGUGAUUGAUCCGCGCGAGAAGGAGCGAGAGCUCAAGACCGAGAAGAGACGGGAUCGCGAUCGCGGUAAACCCCGUGACAAGGAUAAAGGAAAAUCUAGAGAGGGACGAUGGUGA